AUGAACUUCAAGUUUGAUGAGCUGAGCGUCAGGAUCGGGUCUCUUGAGACGAGGGUUAGUAAACUUGAGUCAGGCGCAUCAGGUGGAUGUUCCAAAGAAGUUGCUGAUAAAAUUUCUAAAGCCGCUAACAUAUUGGUUGAUUGCAAUUUUGAGCAACGUGCACUUCAGCUAGAGUCUCAGGCCCUUGAAAAUGAGCUAUCGAUCUCGGGACUGCUGGAGACAGGCAAUGAGGAUCUGAGUGGCAUAGUUGGUCAUCUUUUUGAGGCUUUGGAAGUUCCGUUUUCGACUACCAAGGUCAGAUUUGCUCGUAGGAUCGAUAAGCCUCCAGCGCAGAAGACUGGUUCGGCGAAUUCAAGGCAGCGCGAUAUUCUUGUUAAGUUCGACUCAAAGGAUACUGUUGAUUCCUUAAUUAUUAGUGCUAAAGGCAAGGUGAUUGCUGGUGAUUUUGUUGGUAACAAUGCUUCUUUGGACCCAGUUCGAUUGCAUCAUCGUCAUCCUCAAGCGCUCUAUAAAUUUCGACAGCAUAUUCUGAAAAGUUUUUCAAGUCUUCCCUCGCAAAAUGUUUGGAUUAUGGGAUCUGCUGUCUGCGUCAGACUAUCGCCUGAGAGGCCACCGCUAAGGCUUCUACCGUCAUCUGGCAUGGAGAUACUGAAAAAUAAAAUAACCCAAUAA